AGCGUGGGGCUGAAAGCUCCAGCCCUCUAAUCACAUGGUUGCUUCCUCUGGCAACCAGCCCCAUCCUGAAGCUAUCUAGGGGUCCACCAAGAGCCACCUCAUUAGCACACACUCAGUAUGGCUGGAAGGGGAUUGUUAUGAAUAAUGAAGGAUGCUCCCUCACCCCUGUGGUUCAGGAGAUUCCAAGGAUUUCAGACGCUCAGUGUCAGGAACAGGGACAAAGACCAAAUGUCCAUUUCGUAUCAUCACAGGGAUUCCAUGUGUAUAGGCAUCAAGAUUUACAUAACCCACCAUUACUAAAAAUUUAAUUAUUUUAAUUUGUUCCUGUUUCUACCAACUUGAUUAACAAUUGUAUCCCCAAUAUACUAUUUUAUGCCGUGUCCUCUGCAGGUGCAAGAUUGGUGCCCGACGUGGGACUCACAACCUGAAGAAGGGCAGGAACCACGAAGGACCCAGCCACGUGGUACUGCCUCCAGCGACAAACAGGGCGAGCCUUUUUGAAAGCAAAGAUGAGCAACACUCAAGCUGAGAGGUCCACAAUAGGCAUGAUCGACAUGUUUCACAAAUACACCAGACGUGAUGACAAGAUUGACAAGCCAAGCCUGCUGACGAUGAUGAAGGAGAACUUCCCCAAUUUCCUCAGUGCCUGUGACAAAAAGGGCAUACAUUACAUGGCCACUGUCUUUGAGAAAAAGGACAAGAAUGAGGACAAGAAGAUUGAUUUUUCUGAGUUUCUGUCCUUGCUGGGAGACAUAGCCACAGACUACCACAAGCAGAGCCAUGGAGCAGCGCCCUGUUUCAGGGGAAGCCAGUGACCCAGCCCCACCAAGGGGCCUCCAGAGACCCCAGGAACAAUAAAGUGUCUCUUCCCACCAG